AUGGCCCUAUUCGCGAAGUUGAUUGGCUGCGGAGUGGUGCUGCUUGCUUUGUCGUCCGUCCAGAGCUUCGUGCCAGCGGUCUACGGCAAGCAUGAGGCCCCAAAGCACAACAGCUUCGCAACCCUGGCAGCACCGGAGGAACAGCUGAAGGUCAACACUGAGUCUUCCACGUCCAUGAUGCCUUUGGCAUUUGGAUUGACCAUCGGGUUGGCUUUGGCCCUGCCCCAGCGUGCAUUGGCCGCCUCCACUGGCAACGAGGACGUCGCCACCUUCCUUGACCGCAUCUUCAACAAGGAGGCUUUGGGAGCUUUCGGCAUUGCCGGCCUCUCCUGGAAUUGGUUCUACCUGGCAUUCGGCCUCUCCGGGGCUGGCGUCCUUGCCUUGGCCAUCGUGCUCUCCGCUGCGCUGAGCCCUGCCCGCACCCUCAAGGACAAGGCGUGA